UUACUAUAAUUAUUCGAUUAAAUAUUUAGAAACUCCACAAAAAGUGCUGUUUUUCACACAAAUCUUCAAAUUCUUCGUGGGUGCUGAUUCCAUCAAAAAAUGAUCUUUGCCGUUACACCCAAAAUCCCACCUUUCCUUCAAAACUUCUAAUGGCUCUCUCCACAGUUUCCCUUCAUUCCAUCCAAACCCUUCUCAAGAACCGCGCAGCUUCUUUAGAAUUCUCGCUAGUUUCGGCGCUCAAAUCCAUCUCAUCUUCCCCUUCAUUAAUCUCCUACGGCCAGCAACUGCAUUGCCUCGUGCUAAAAUCAGGGCUCAAUUUCAAUGUCUUCAUACAAAACAGCUUGAUCAGCAUGUACUCCAAAACCGGGAUGUUCUCGUGCGCGAGAUCGAUUUUCGAAAGCUCCCCGAAGCUGGACUACGUCUCGUUUAACAUAAUGCUUGCCGGGUAUGUGAAACACAGCCGUUUGGGCGAUGCCCACAAACUGUUUGCGAAAAUGCCGCUGAGAAAUUGCGUCUCCUAUACGACUAUGAUUAUGGGGUUUGCUAAGAAUGAGUGCUACGGCGACGCCAUUGCGCUUUUCAGGGAGAUGAGACUGUUGGGAGUGGUGCCUGGAGAAGUGACGAUGUCGAGUGUGCUAUCAUCUUACGCGCGUGCCGAUGGAACUAGGACGAAUGCAAUGCUUCUGCACGGGUUGGUGGCGAAGCUCGGCCUUGACACGCGUGUUAUUGUUUCGACGAAUUUGGUUCUUCUCUAUAGCGUUGGUUCGUCUCUUGAUGAUGCAAGAAUCAUCUUUGAUAGCAUGGUGGAUAGGACUGUGGUGUCUUGGAAUGUGAUGUUGAAUGGUUAUGUGAAAGGAGGGCUGCUUGAUUUGGCUAGAGGUAUGUUUGAAUGGAUUCCCGGGAAGGACGUCGUCUCUUGGGGCACGAUGGUUGAUGGAUAUAUACAAGCCGGGAGGUGGAGAGAGGCGUUGGCGCUCUAUUGUGAAAUGAGGCACACCGGCUUGAGGCCUAAUGAAGUUAUGGCUGUUGACAUUGUCUCUGCUUGUGGGCAGGAGGCUAGAUUGCACGAGGGUCGACAGUUUCAUGCUUUAGCAGUGAAGAUGGGGAUGAACUGCUACGACUUCAUGCAGGCGACGUUGAUUCAUUUCUAUUUCGCAUGUCAGCAAGUUGAGCUUGCUUAUUUGCAAUUUGAGGAAGGAACUAAGGAUCAUGUAGCUUGUUGGAAUGCCCUUAUUGCGGGGCUGAUGAGGAACGGCAUGGUGAAUGAUGCUGCGCGUUUGUUUAGGACAAUGCCACAGCGGGAUGUUUUCUCUUGGAGCUCGAUGAUCUCUGGUUAUGCUCAAAACGGGCAGCAUAGUUCGGCCCUUGAGGUUUUUCGUGAGAUGGUUGACGAAGGGUUUAAGCCUAAUGAAAUCACGAUGGUCAGUGUUUUCUCUGCAAUCUCUAGCUUGAGCUCGUUGAAGGAGGGGAGAUGGGCACACGAGUUCAUCCAUCGUAACUCAAUACCAAUCACUGACAAGUUGGGUGCAGCCAUCAUUGACAUGUAUGCCAAAUGUGGGCGCAUUGAUUCCGCUCUAGAAGUGUUUGAUCAAAUCCGACACAAGGCCAGAGACGUCUCUCCUUGGAAUGCGAUCAUCUGUGGCUUGGCCAUGCACGGGGAUGCAGAGGCGGCCUUGAGAAUCUUCGGAUACUUGCAGAGUCGAAAGAUAAAGCCCAAUUCAAUCACAUUCAUCGGAGUCUUGACCGCUUGUUGCCAUGCUGGUUUAGUGGAAGCCGGGAAAGGCCAUUUUAGGAGCAUGAAAGCUAUGUAUGGUGUGGAGCCUAACAUUAAGCAUUACGGGUGUAUGGUGGAUCUGUUAGGCCGAGCUGGGAGGCUGCACGAAGCAGAAGAACUCGUGAGAACCAUGCCUAUGAAGGCGGAUGCUGUAAUUUGGGGCACGUUGUUGGCAGCGUGUAAAAUGUACGAGGAUACUGAUAUAGGAGAAAGAGCUGCUCGAAAUCUGGCUAUGGUGGAACCAUCACACGGUCCGAGUAGAGUGCUGCUGUCUAACCUUUAUGCAGACGCAGGCAGGUGGGACGAUGCUUUCCUCGUGCGGACAGCAAUGCAAAACAAUAACCUUGCAAGAUCACCGGGUUACAGUGGUGUCGUGUAAUCCCCAGAUUUGAACAAUGAGAGUUCAUGAAACUAAACUGCAUUGAGUUUUACUAUCCAAAUACUUACUACACAGAUGUAGGCUGGUUUUUUUGAUGCUCAACCACAUGAAGAAGAGAGCUAUCAAGAUCAUGGCGGCGUGAUGCUUCUCGGGUGCAGAUCGAUACAAAGGGAAAAGCUCUCUAGAUUGAGAGGUAUAGUGUUACUUUGGUAGCAUCCUUGCUUGCUGCUAGGAGGAGUGAGCAGAAAUGAAAUAGAAAUUACUGAUUAGGUAAGGUUAUUUUUAUGAACAGAAUUUGGAUUUGGUAUUUCGGUUAUGGCUUUAGAUGUAAAAAUACCGAAUAACCGAAAAUGGAACCGAUUAUGAGAACACAUAUAAUUCUAGUAAAUAUAAUUUUUUUUAUUUUAU